GCUGUCUGUCUUCAGAUGGUUCCAUGGGUCCUGCUUUCUGACUGGUGGUUCCUGAAGCCAGUUCUUGGGCUGCUUUGUCGGUUUGCGAUCUCCAGCACACAUGUUUUCUAUUCCACACCAGGGUUUGUUUGUUUUUUUUCCUGACUGGGUGGAAACCGGAGCUGACUUCCUGACUGUGACUCACUGCUGGUGCCCAGACGGCAGGAGGAACUCUGUGCUGGAUGUCAUCUGACUUGGUUUUAGAGAGACAGCUGCCUGUGGGUGAGAGCGAGUGGCUGUGGCCGUGUAACGGAUCGGACUGAGUCCGCGUCCCACCUCAGGACAAACUCACAGUGUAAGUUUGACUUCACUCCCCUUUUUGAAACCCGACUUCUCCCUGUGGGCGGAUUCACUGGUUUCAUUUUUAUUCUGUGUCGUCAUCAUGAACGCUGAGCUUCUGGAAGACAACUGAAUCCCUUCAUUCCUCAACGUGUACCAGCAGUUUCUCUUCCGUCUGCAGGCUGUUCUUGUCGGUCGUCCGGGUUUGACUGAGGACCAGAAACAUGGCUGCCGCUGCCCUCGUCACUGAGAACUUUAAGUUUGUGUCCCUCUUCUUCAAGAGUAAAGACGUGAUGAUCUUCAAUGGUCUGAUAGCUCUGGGCACGGUGGCCGGUCAGACAGCAUACAACGUGUUUGCCUUCCACUGUCCGUGUUCACCAGGGAGGAACUACCGCUACGGUCUGGCUGCCAUCGGCGCUCCAGCGCUGGUGUUUUUCCUCAUCGGAAUAAUGAUGAACAAGAGCACCUGGGACCUGGUGUCCGAGUGCCGCCUCAGGAAGUGCCGGAAGCUGUCGGGAGCCGCCGCCUUCAUGCUCCUGGGAACGAUCAUCGGUCGAGCUGUGGUGGCGCCGCUCACGUGGGUGGUCAUCUCGCUGCUGCAAGGCCAGGCGUACACGUGCGCCCUCAGCGAGUUUGUCAGUCCAAGGACGCUGGACAGCUUCCCUUCAAGUCAGGGGUCAGAGGUCAUGGCAAAGUUCCCCUGUCCAGACAGUGUGCCAGUAGAGCUGCAGGGCUUCCAGGCAGAAAUUGAGCGGCGCCUCAAGUAUGAAUCUCAGGUAAUGAUUUAUGCCACUGCUGGUUUCAUGACUGCAUGCAUACAAUGGAACAACAAUGACCCUGAAGGUCGACGUCAAAAGGUGUCAGCGCCCCAAAUCCAAACGGCUGCAAAGUUGUUACAUCCAAGAGCGUUUGAGAACAAUAAUUAUGUUUGCAGCACACUGUUUAGCCACCAUGUCAAACACCCGGCACAAAGCCCAGAGCAACGAUCACCACUAACUUCCUCCUAG